AUGCACCAGCCAACAUUCUGUGCAGUGGCAGUCGCUCUGCUAUCUGCUUUCCCUGGGGCAAGUGCGGGCAUGUACACAAAGAAAUCGCCCGUGCUACAGGUAGAGAGCAAAGACUACGAUCAGUUGAUCACGAAGAGCAAUUACACCUCUAUUGUCGAGUUCUACGCCCCCUGGUGCGGCCAUUGUCAGAACCUAAAGCCAGCGUACGAGAAGGCAGCCAAGAGUCUGGAUGGACUGGCCAAGGUGGCCGCCGUAAAUUGCGAUGACGAGGCCAAUAAACCGCUCUGUGGCUCCAUGGGCGUCCAGGGCUUCCCAACGCUCAAGAUUGUCCGACCUAAGAAGGGCGGGGGCAAGCCGACAGUCCAGGAUUAUCAGGGUCAGCGCACCGCCAGCGCCAUUGUCGAUGCCGUCGUUCAGCAGAUCAACAAUUACGUCGUCAAGGUAGAGGACAAGUCGCUCGACAAGUUCUUGAGUGACCAGGAGAGCCCCAAGGCGAUUUUGUUCACGGAGAAAGGAACGACGUCUGCGCUCCUGAAGAGCAUUGCCAUUGAUUUUGCGGGUGUGAUUACCAUCGGCCAAGCACGGAACAAAGAGGCCAAGACCGUUGAGACAUUUGGCGUGGAGGAGUUUCCGACACUUGUACUGCUCCCUGGUGGCGAUGCCCCCGCCGUGGUCUAUGACGGAGAACUCAAGAAGGACCCCAUUGUCAAAUUCCUCUCGCAAGCUGGAGAGCCCAACCCCGACGUUCCGCCAAAGGGUGAUAAGAAGGGAGACAAGAGCAAAAAGGCAUCGGACAAGGCUUCCUCUAAGCCUACUAAGUCGACCUCAUCCGAAGCCUCGUCCAACACCCCGGAACCCGAGAAGGAGACCGCCACGCAGGAAGCUCCUGUCAUCGUCGAGACCGCUCUUCCCAUUCCCACCAUCAACACGCAUGAGAAGCUGAUCAAAGAGUGCCUGACUGAGAAGUCGCACACCUGCGUGUUGGCGUUCGUCUCCGAUAGUACCGCCGAAAAAUCCCAACGCGCACUCGACAGCCUCUCCCAAUUGGCCUUCAAGCACGCUCAGAGCAAGCGCAACCUCUUCCCUUUUUACGAAGUUCCCCAGAGCAACGAAGGGGCCGCUUCGCUGCUCAAGACGCUAGACUUGGUGGGGGAUGUUGAGAUCGUCGCCAUCAACGCCCGCCGCGGCUGGUGGAGGCACUAUGACGCUGCAGAUUUCGGCCACGAAAGCAUCGAGAGCUGGAUCGAUGCCAUUCGCAUGAGUGAAGGCAUCAAGAAGAAGUUGCCGGACGGUAUUAUCGCCAUUGCCGUGGAAGAACCCACGUCAGCCCCCGCUGCGGAUCCCACCACUGAGGCUAAGACUGAGGAUGAGGCCGCGCACGACGAGCUUUAG